CUGGCCUAUAUUGAAUGGUUCACUCCCUUCCGGUCUUAUGAUGAAAACCUCAAGCUAUAUUCAGUUUCACGCAGCACUCGCAACCAGCAUCGCCAUGCUGAGGUUAUUCCAUUAGAACACAUUUUCAGAGGUUGUCAUCUAAUACCAAGAUUUGGAACUUCAGUAGAUAAGGAGUGGACCACUGACAAUGUCUUGGAG